AUGUUCAAAUCCUGCCUGAUCAACGUAUCACAAUCCGUCGCGUCGUCUAGCCGUUCAUCACUCCAUACUUCAGCAGUUCUCAAUGCCCGCUUGUCGAGCAAACAAGCUCGACAUGAGAAGAUCUCCAAAGUGCAGGCACGCAUAAAUUACAAGCUCGCAGUCGAUGCGCAACGCGAAUAUGCUGUUCUCGGUCACCGUCCAGGUCAGGAUCACAAAUGGCGGAGCUGUGCCCUUGCAAAAGUCAUCAUCACGGAGGACGCGCUAUACUCGGAUUCUGUCCCUGAGAUCAUUCACAGUCCCGAAGGCGACAUCGAGCUUCCGCCGUAUCUAAGCUUUGGAAUUACUGAGAGGUCCAAGGAGCUGCUUUUCAAAGUAUUACCUCCGCUGUCAGCUCAGGAGGGUGUGACCAAGUUCAGCGAGAACGUGGUUGGCGAAAUGCAGGAAGCGAUGGAAAACGAAAAGACCAAAGCGAGCAUGUUCGCAAAGGUUAUUGAUCUGCGUAAUGCAAAUGCGAAAGGUCUCGCAUUCGAGAACCGCCGCCAUUGCAUCAAGCUGUUUUCUCCGCCAGGAAAUCCAUUUGACACUGGUCGCCCUGAGGUACAAGCCGCCUUGCUGACGAUCCAAAUACGUGGGCUAUGGAAGCACCUUUUGGCUUUCCGCAAGGACAUAGAUAACCGCAGGGGCCUUCGUCAGCUUGUGCACAAACGUGCCAAGAUACUUAAAUAUCUGAGAAGACUGGACCGUGACCGAUAUGAAGCUAUUCUUCCUCAACUUGGGCUUGACGCUGCGAGCGUCGAAGGAGAGCUGGUAGUUUGA